GGAGCUCGAGGGCUCUGGCCGAGGGGUGACACCAUGGCGGCGGCUCGCUGUAGUCGGAACUGACGGAGCCGCCGCAGCGAACGCGGCUCGUGUGGAUGGUGAGACGUUUCAUUUAGCCGCUAAGCUAACUUAGUUGCCAGUCCCAGCCCGUUUGGAACCCCGCCGCUGUUGACACCGGCGAACGUCGUCACGACAUUCGGCAACGUUCAGUGACGGCCGUUAGACGCUUGAGCGUCGGCGAUUUGUUGGGGGCCCAAAGGAAAACACUGCAGCCUGCAAAAACGCAACCACGGGAAAUGCCAGCGGCUAGUCGCACCUCCGGCGACUGCGAGUGUCAACACCUGACUUGGAGGGUGGUCGUCGUCGGCGUCGGCAGCGCUGUCCUCUGAUUGGCUGGGACGAGCCCUUCUGUCAUGCCUGUGGCCAAUCAGAGAAACGUCUGCAGCGUUGAAUGCGUUAUUGCGCUCCACUGAUCGGUCGCUGGUGAUCUUUUUCUGGUCCACCCUCAGGUGUGUUAUGUCGGGGGCGGAUGUGGAAGUGUAUCUUUCCCAGGUGCACGACGGGAGCGUGUCGGCAGGCUUCCGGGCGCUGUACGAGGAGCGUCUGCUGCUGGACGUCACGCUGAUGAUCGAUGAGCAUCACUUUCAGGCCCACAAGGCGCUCCUGGCCACGCAGAGUGACUACUUCCGGGUCAUGUUCACGGCGGACAUGCGGGAGCGGGACCAGGACAAGAUCCACUUGAAGGGGCUGACGGCGGCGGGUUUCGGGCACAUCCUUCGCUUCAUGUACUACGGCUCGCUGGAGCUCAGCAUGCCCACCGUGCAGGAGAUCCUACAGGCGGCGAUGUACGUGCAGCUGACGGAGGUGGUGGAGUUCUGCUGCUCCUUCCUGCUGGCCAAGAUCUGCCUGGAGAACUGCGCCGAGGUCAUGCGGCUGUUGGAGGACUUCAGCGUGGGCGUGGAGGGCGUCCAGGAGCAGCUGGACAACUUCCUGCUCGACAACUUUGUGCCGCUCAUGAGCCGAGCCGACUUCCUGUCCUACCUCAGCCUGGAGCGACUGCAGGCGUACCUGAACAGCGACGCGCUGAGCCGAUACCCGGAGAUCGAGCUGUACGACGCGGUCCAGGCGUGGCUCCGGCACGACCGGCGGCGCUGGCGCCACGCGGACGCGGUCGUCCGAUCCGUCCGCUUCUGCCUUAUGACGUCCGCUCACAUCUUCGAGAAGGUGAAGACGUCAGAGUUCUAUCGGUACUCCCGGCAGCUUCGUCAGGAGGCGGAGGAGGCGCUGGCCUACUUCCACGACGUCCACCGGCAGCCGCUGGCCGAGACGCGCGCCAACCGCAUCCGCUCGCGGCGGCCGCAGACGGCCGUCUUCCGCGGCAUGAUCGGCCACAGCAUGGUGAACAGCAAGAUCCUGCUGCUGCAGCGGCCCAAGCAGGUGUGGUGGGAGCUGGAGGGCCCCCAGGUGCCGCUGAGACCCGACUGCCUGGCCAUCGUCAACGACUUCGCCUUCCUGCUGGGAGGCGAGGAGCUGGGGCCCGACGGCGAGUUCCACGCCUCGUCCAAGGUCUACCGCUACGACCCCCGGCAAAACUCGUGGCUGCGCAUGGCCGACAUGUCCGUGCCCAGGUCCGAGUUCGCCGUGGGCGUCAUCGGAAAGUUCAUCUACGCGGUGGCGGGUCGCACGCGAGACGAGACCUUCUACUCAACGGAGCGCUACGACAUCGGCGAGGACCGCUGGGAAUUUGUGGACCCGUACCCCGUCAACAAGUACGGCCACGAGGGCACGGUCCUGGGGGGCAAGCUCUACAUCACGGGCGGCAUCACGUCCUCGUCCACCUCCAAGCAGGUUUGCGUCUUCGAUCCCGCGGGGGAAGCGGCUGCGGCGGGCGGGUCGGACUCCCUGCGGGCCCGCGGCGGCGGCCGCGGCCCGCAGCCGCCGCCGCCCGCCUCUCGCGCGGGCUGCUGGGACAACAAAUCCAAAAUGAACUACGCCCGCUGCUUCCACAAGAUGAUCUCGCACAACGGGAAGCUGUACGUGUUCGGCGGCGUGUGCGUCAUCCUGCGGGCCUCCUUCGAGUCGCAGGGCUGCCCGUCCACCGAGGUCUACGACCCGGACGCCGACGAGUGGACCAUCCUGGCCUCCAUGCCCAUCGGGCGCAGCGGGCACGGGGUGGCCGUCCUGGAGCGCCAGAUCAUGGUGCUGGGCGGCCUGUGCUACAACGGACACUACAGCGACUCCAUCCUCACCUUCGACCCCGACGACAACAAGUGGAAGGAGGACGAGUAUCCCAGGAUGCCUUGCAAGCUGGACGGGCUGCAGGUGUGCACGCUGCACUUCCCCGAGUACGUGCUGGAGCACGUCAGACGCUGCAGCUGAGGUCGGUCGGCCUCCUUUUUGCUUGGCUUUGGGGGUGGCCGCUCGUGCGCGACGGGGUCCACGUAAUUGUACGCAAACUUUCUGCACCGAGCGCCGCCUCCCCCCAAAAAAAAAAAAAAAAAAAAAUACUCCAAUGCGGAGAAACGGUCCUCAAAGCUAAAUGCGCACGUAUGGGACUUCGGAAUUGUUUGGUACUGGAUUCCAAAACGGUUCAAGUUGCUGUAACCUUUUCCACACGGUUUGAGUUCUUUUGGUACCACGAGAGCGGUGGUUCUACAAACCGGAGGGCCCGUGGGCCGAGUAACGCGUCCAAGUAGUCAUUCUACCGGUGACGGGAAAAGUCCCGGAGUUGCGGGAAAACCAGUUGUCAACUGGUCAGCCGGUCUCCUUCCCGGUCAGAUGGACGAGUGGGAUCCGCGAUAACUGCUCGGUGCUCCCGCGAUUGAGCCGGUGCCCGUCGGGACGUCGGUCGCCCAAUGAGUUUGGAACUCGUGCAGCUACUUGUUCUCCUGAAGUUGGCCAAUUCCAAAUGUGUCGGGUGGGCGGGCGCGCUCGUCGCCUGAACGCCGUUUGCGGCCCUGGCGAAAUGCGGUCGUGCAAAGGGCUCCGCACAUACCGAUGCAGUGUUUUCCUGUUAUUUAUUUAGAAAGCUAUGCAGUCGUGUGUUGUUAUUUAUUAAGACGUGUCAUAUCUCCCCCCCCCCCCCCUUUCUUAAAUUUGGACUAAGCAAGACCGAAUAGUGAGUUCAUUGCCAAGAUGCCUCCCCCGCUCCCCCCCCCCCCCCCGUGUUCCAGUCCUUAAAGUCGAGAAUGUUGUUCACGCUACUAACUUGAAUUUCGAGCUUCCAAAGGGUCUUUUUGUUGCGGUGACGAUGGCAACGUGUGUUCCACAUGCCUACGUGCAGACUUCCUUGGCACGCGCAUGCGCCAUCUGUCCACCUGUCCACGACCGGACGUCUUUUCAAGCGUGCCGGUCGACACAUUCCACGCAAACUCAUCUUUCUUUCUGGUCCUUGGCUUCAUUUCACACACACACACACGAGUCACCUUGUCACUGCUGUUGUUGUAACUUUUGCACUUUUUUGUUUGUUCGACAUGCUCAUUGUUUUGUAAAGCGGCCACGGAAGAAUUGUUUGAGGAGCGCUUGCAAGGGGAUCGAACCUCUUCCAAGUGUAUUUCCUCCUGUGUUGCUGUCACGGAAGAAAUAUGAAUUAUGAGGUUACCUUACCGAGUCGCAGUUUCCUUUAUUCUUGUCAGUAGCUAAACAGAUUUGAAAAAGGUGUAUCCUUCUACAGUUUAUACAUAUAUCUACAGUACAGUACAGUACAGUACCUUGCUUGCACUGAUAUUCAAAUGCGGGACAUAUUAAAAUGAACUUGUAAUCUGGAUAACACUUUGGAAACCUUUGUAACUUCUUUCCAAAAAUAAAUGUUCAUUUUGAAUGAAU